GUGAAAGCGCUUCGGGCCUCUCGGCGCUCGCUCUCUCUGGUCUGGCCGCCCGCGCCUGGCUGGGGUCCGUGCUGCGGCUCGAGUGGCGGGCGGGCGGGAUGGCAGAGCCGCAGGGCGCCGCGAGCGGGGACGUGUCGCUUCACAACUUCAGCGCAAGGCUCUGGGAGCAGCUCGUCCACUUCCACGUCAUGCGGCUGACAGACUCGCUUUUCCUGUGGGUGGGAGCAACGCCGCAUCUACGCAACCUCGCAGUGGCCAUGUGCAGCCGCUACGACCCCAUCCCUGUGUGCACCUCCCUUUUUGGAGACACGUCUGACACGACCUCCUCUGGCCUUGCCCAGCGCUUAGCCAGGAAGACCAGUAAACAGGUGUUUGUCAGCUACAACCUCUCCAACACAGACAGCAACUUCACGUUACUCGUAGAAAACAGGAUCAAGGAAGAGAUGGAGACGUUUCCCGAGAAGUUCUGAGUGGCAGAGGGAAGAGUGUGUAUCUCGUGUAUAAAUUACAUUUCAAUAAACAGGUUGGGUUUUGUCUCA